AUGUCGAGCUCAUGGAGGUUGCAUUCCAGUGUGACAGCAGGCCAAAAGGAGAUGAGAUCGUCACGACAGACUCCCAGAUGGGACAGACUGAAUGAGCAGGAAAGACUCCUCCUUGAAUUCGUGGGAUUCCCGAUGUGGAGUGUCUUCCCUUCAGUCGGGCUCAGGAGCCUGACACAUUCGAAUGAUGAUGUAAAACAAACACUGAUAAAGAUCGAAUAUGCUGGCCUCGAUGUGGGCGCCAUAUGGAACAUAAUUAUCAGCAUUGCCAGGGGUGCCAGGGUUGUCGCCAACCGGAGAUUGUGGGGAACCAUUGCGCAAGUGUAUAGACCCCUGCAAUCGGGAUUUCGGUACCAAGGCAAGUCACUUCUCGUCAUCGACAUAUGGUUACAGCAAGCAGUGCCGUGUGCCUGGGAUUUUCUACCGAAUCGAAUCAUAGUCGCAUGGCCCAACUGGUGCAGUCGCAGGGGCAGAUGGCGAGACACGACUCUAGGGGACAAGUUGAUUGCUCGGACAUCCGAUGGUUUCGGCAGGCUGAGUGGUACCCCAACGGAUAUGCCUCAUGCUCUUACCUCUCGUGACUCCACGAUGGAGUCUAAGCCUCUUGGGUCUUACCCACCCUCGGGGAUAGACGUCCUCAUCGUGGGCACUGGUCUUGCGGGACUCGUAGCUGCACUCGAAUGCACGCGCAAAGGCCAUAAUGUGCGCGUCCUGGAGCGUAACGCCGACAUCAACACAGCAGGUGACAUGUACUUCAUGGGACUCAGUGCCACCCGCUUCUUGAAGCAUUGGCCAGAAUUACUGAAAGAGUACAAGGAAAUCUCGCUUCACAAUGCUUGGAUGGAGACCUUCAAACAUUCUGGCGAGGUUAUCAUUCCGCCAAAGAAAGUUGCAGACCGUCUUCGUGCGGUAGGAUUGGAUCCUGACACGCCACCCGGUGAGUUCCAGAUGCGCCCUCUGGUCUACCGGAUGUUCGUCAACGCCGUAGAGAAGCUCGGUGUCUCAGUUGAGUUCAACCGCAAGAUUGUUGACUACUUCGAGGAUGAACACAAGGGGGGUUGCAUCACGGACGAUGGAAAACGCUAUGAAGCGGAUGUAGUCAUUGCUGCCGAUGGUGUUGGCUCCAAGAGUCAAAAACUGGUUGGUGGACAAGUGCGCGCAAGACCUUCAGGCAGAGCUAUGUGGCGAGCUGCAUUUCCGAAAGAGGCAUUGGACGUGAACCCCAAAGUCAAGGAGUUUUUCAAGAUGAUGCCUGGUGAUGAGCCAAUUGUGAGGACUUUUCUAGGCCCGUCUACAUAUGCUCUGACAUUGACACGACCGGAAACAAUGGUCUGGAUUAUGAAUCACGAUGUCACCGGUUCAGAGAAAGAGAGUUGGAGUAACACCAUUGACAAAGAGGAGGUGCUCCAAGGUAUGGACGAAAUGCCAGGUAUGGAGGUGCACAAGUGGGCACCCAUUUUCAAAGAGCUGGUCGACUGCACUCCUCCCAAUACCAUUGUCAACUUUGAACUCCUAUGGCGCAACCCCCAGCCUAGCUGGACAUCCCCUGGCGCACGUGUGAUUCAGAUCGGUGAUGCCGCACACUCCUAUCUCCCUGCCUCUGGUAACGGCGCAACGCAAGCCAUCGAAGACGCCAUCUCCAUAGCCUCCUGCCUCCAGAUCGGCGGCAAAGAAAACAUCCCGCAAUCCGUGCGGGUACACAUUCGCUUCCGCUUCAUCCGCAACUCCUGCGCCCAGAAACUCGGCUUCUCCAACGCCGAGCUCCUGCAGGACACCGACUGGGACAAGGUCAAGAUCGACCCGCGUCGCGCGCAACCCAAGCUGCCCAAGUGGGUAUGGGGUCAUGACCCAGAAGCAUAUGCGUACGAGAACUACGAGAAGAGCGCGGCGAGUAUGAAGAAGGGAAUUGAUAUGAAAGAUGAGGACUCCUUUGAGCCAAACUACCCCAAGGGAUACAAAUACGAGCCCUGGAGCAUCGAGAAAGUCAUGGAGGAUAUGAGGGCUGGGAAGCCUCUUGAUCUUGGCCCUGGUGAUUGGGAGUGA